AUGGCCCAAACUGGAAAGCAUGCCCUUAUCUUUGGAGCCUCUGGAAUCUCCGGAUGGUCUCUCUUGAACCAAACCCUCCAAUACCCAACCCCGACGACCUUUAACCGCGUGACUGGCCUGUGCAAUCGGCCAUGGAUCAACGAGGACGCUUAUCUCCCUGACGAUAAGCGCCUGAAUAUUGUGUCGGGCAUUGACCUGACACAGUCCGUGGAAGCGGUAAAAGCUCAGCUUAAAGAGAAGGUCGAGAAGGUGGAGUCAGUCGACGUGGUUUUCUUUUGUGCUUACAUUCAGACUGGCGACUUCCAGUCGCUGCGCAAGGUCAACACCGAUCUUCUCCAAACCGCCAUUAAAGCCAUCUCCGCUGUUUCACCCACAAUGGAAGCGGUCAUCCUGCAGACUGGUGGCAAGGGGUAUGGAUUGGAGUUCCCUAAAGAGGUCAACAUCCAGCCUCCUCUCCACGAGAAGAUGCCCCGCAUUCCUUCGCCAUGGAGAGAGAACGUUUUUUACUACGACCAGUAUGAUCUCUUAAAGAAACUCUCUGAAGACCAAAACUGGACCUUCUCUGAGAUUCGACCGGAUGGGAUUGUCGGCUUCGCCCCUGGCUCCAACGUCAUGAACAUGGCAUAUGGCAUUGCCUUCUACUUGACUCUGUACAGAGAAGUCAAUGGAAAGGAUGCCAAAGUUCCAUUCCCCGGUCGUCCGCACGGUUACCACACUCGCCACACCGACACCUUCCAAGACAUCCUUGCUCAGAUGGAAAUCUUCGCUGCUCUUAACCGCGACAAGUGUCAAAACGGAUCAAGCUUUAAUUGUGGCGACGGAGAGGCUGUCACCUGGGCUCAGGUCUGGCCAGGAAUUUGCUCUUAUUUUGGCCUCAGUGGUGUCGAGCCAGAUGGCAUGCAGAAGAAUAUGCAGGAUUUCGUUGCCGAAAAUAAGGCGAUUUGGGACCGCUUGGUCUUGACUCAUGACCUGAAGAAGGGCCUCAUUGAGUCGCAGAACUGGGGCCAUGCGAACUUCAUGCUUGUUGAUUUUGACUUUGCCCGGGAGUAUUCUCUUGAGGCGGCUCGAUCCGUUGGGUUCAACGAGCAGAUUGAUACUCUCCAGGGUUAUCAAGUUACAUUUGACCGGAUGGUGAACGCGAAGUUCAUCCCCGUGCCUUCUUCUUGA